GUUGAUCAAAAGGUUCAAAACAAAACCACUUUUCAAACAUUGGAACUAUCUAAGUAUUGAACACAAAGAUGGCCAAAGUGUUGACACUACUUGUUCUUCGACUACUCAUGAACCUCUUACUUAUCGGUUGGAUUUCUCUCUGGAUCAUCAAACCCACGACCAUAUGGAUACAAUCUUGGCGUCAAGCUGAAGAUACCGCCAGACACACUUUCUUCGGCUAUUACGGUCUCAACUUUGCCGUAUUUUCAUUCCCUCCUAUUGCUCUCUCUAUCGUUGGACUCAUUUACUUGAGUUUACUGCCACAACAUCAUCAUCCAACAAGAGGAGGGAGGGGUGCAGCUAUUACUGUCUCAAGACCAGCCAUUAUCAAUAGCUUCAUUGGAAUUGUGUCUUGUUUCGAGAUACUUGCUCUUCUUUUGUUCCUACUCUUUCUUGCUUGGAACUUCUAUGCCCGUGUCUCUAACGACUUCAAGAAGCUGAUGCCUGUCAAAACCAUGAAUCUUAACUUGUAAAACUUUUCUCCAAUUCCAAAUUGUGCAGUCUUUCUAUAUAGAGUUGUUAAAUAUUGUUCACUUAUUAUUAUAUGUUUUCAGAUGGCAGCUUAAGUACUAUAGAGUUGCUACAAGGUUUGGUCUAUUAGCCGAAGCAUGUCUCUCUCUUCUUCUUUUCCCUGUCUUGAGGGGACUCUCGAUGUUCCGGUUACUUAACAUUGAGUUUGCAGCUUCUGUAAAAUAUCAUGUGUGGUUCGGGACCGGUUUGAUCUUCUUUUCUUUGGUUCAUGGUGGAAGCACUCUGUUCAUAUGGACUAUUACUCAUCACAUUGAAGAAGAGAUUUGGAAAUGGCAGAGAACGGGUCGGGUAUAUGUAGCUGGACUAAUCAGCCUUGUAACAGGAUUACUGAUGUGGAUCACAUCACUUCCUCAAAUUCGAAGGAAAAAUUUUGAAGUUUUCUAUUACACACACCAUUUGUAUAUAGUUUUUCUUGUAGCUUUCUUGUUUCAUGCCGGUGAUCGUCACUUCUACUGGGUCCUCCCAGGCAUGUUUCUCUUUGGACUCGACAAGAUACUUCGGAUUGUUCAAUCACGAUCUGAAAGCUGCAUUCUUUCCGCCAAUCUCUUCUCUUGUAAAGCCAUUGAGCUUGUCUUGCCAAAGGACCCAAUGCUUAACUAUGCACCAUCAAGUUUUAUAUUCUUGAACAUUCCGUUGGUCUCACGGUUUCAAUGGCAUCCCUUUAGUAUUAUCUCAAGCUCGAGUGUAGACAAACACUCAUUGUCUAUUAUGAUGAAAUGUGAGGGAGAUUGGACAAAUUCUGUUUAUAACAAAAUAGAAGAAGCGGCAAAUUGUGAAAAUAAGAUUAACAACAUAAUCGUAAGAGUGGAAGGUCCUUAUGGACCUGCCUCGGUAGAUUUUCUCAGGUAUGAUAAUCUGUUUCUUGUGGCGGGAGGAAUUGGGAUCACACCAUUUCUAAGCAUUUUGAAAGAACUAGCGAGCAAAAACCGACUCAAAUCUCCCAAGAGAGUGCAGCUUGUGUUUGCGGUUAGGACAUUCCAAGAUCUUAACAUGUUGCUUCCGAUAGCAUCUAUAAUCUUUAACCCAAUCUACAACUUAAACCUCAAGUUAAAAGUUUUUGUCACCCAAGAAAAAAAGCCUUCCAAUGGUACAACAACACUGCAAGAGUUCUUGGCUCAAUCACAAGUUCAGUCUAUUCACCUCGGAACCGACGAGGACUAUUCAAGAUUCCCGAUUCGCGGGCCUGAAAGUUUCAGAUGGCUUGCCACAUUAGUCCUCAUAACCGUGCUUACGUUUCUCGGCUUCUUGAUAGGUUUAAGCCAUUUCUUUAUACCUUCUGAACACAAGAAUCAUUCAGGGGUUAUGAAGUUAGCUGCUUCAGGAGCAAUGAAGACAGCUAAAGAAAAGGUUCCUUCAUGGGUUCCAGAUUUGAUUAUCAUUGUCUCUUACGUUAUAGCUAUCUCAGUUGGUGGUUUCGCUGCAACUAUUCUACAACGGAGACGAAAACAUAAAGAAGCACCAAGAAUGUCUAAAGAAGUAGUAAUUAAACCAGAGGAAAGAAACUUCACCGAGUUAAAACCAAUUCCUAUUACUGAGGAACAUGAGAUACAUAUCGGAGAAAGGCCAAAACUCGAAGAGAUAAUGUCGGAGUUUGAGAAGAACUUGAGAGGAUGGUCGAGUGUUGGAGUUUUAGUAUGUGGACCAGAGUCAGUGAAAGAAGCUGUGGCAUCAAUGUGUCGCCAAUGGCCUCAGUGUUUUGGAGUAGAAGAUUUAAGAAGAAGCAGAAUGAAGAUGAAUCUAAAUUUUCAUUCUCUUAAUUUCAACCUCUAAUCUAACAACAUUUUCUAAGUUUGUAUCGUUAGUUUCUCAUUCUCCUGUAUUUUUUAUCUUAUAGUUGUAUAAUUUUUGGGUCUCUAUCUUAUUUUAAUGUUUGCAGUUUGAUCUUUUUUCUCAAAGGAGAAUUUGCAUAAAAUGCAUAUUUGUUUUUUUUUCUUUAUCUAGCAUUUUCUUUUGAAAUUUAAAUAGAACAAUGUAAAAAUAGCUUCAAACGUUUUCAUUUGGAAAAGUUAAACUAACAUGUAAUAGUAUAGCAAAG